AGGAUCACCUUUUCGUCUUUUUUAUUGCCAAGAGGCUGCUUACUUCCUUUGGAGCUUAAGGACUCCCGCCAAUUUGUCUUAGCCCAACACCCGCCAAUGUUCAAGCCGAGACAUUGAGGCUUCUAAUAAACGGCAUCGUCUCCCCAGCCGAGCAACGGGAGACACUGCCAUCUCGGAGAGAAUGUAAACUUCAUUCAUUCCGAGCUCGUCUUCCAAUUCUUGCAACAGGGAGUGCGCAAGCCAAAUUUUACGGAUGUGGAAGAAUAAAUAGUUUCGACUUUCCGAAUGCUUCUAUCUCACGCCUGGACUUUGAAACAUACUUAUCUUAUCACAACAACUCUCCCCUAUUUUCAACAUGGCUUCAUCCCCGGAGGACAACUGCCCCAACGCUGGGCUUCAACCAGAUUGCCGACACCCUCCUGACAAGAAACCAGACGGAUUUUGUGGCUGUCAUCACAUUGGCCCAGCCGCUACGUCAGCCUGUUGGCCUGAGCCACAGGUCGCUCCCGAAGAUGCCUUCAUGGCAUCCAACAAGUUCCGUAAUCUAGACCGGCUCCUCCCGGAUACGCAAAGAAACCGAACAAGUUCUCAAAUAGAUUCCCAUAAUAUGACCACCAUGCUCCACAAGCAAGGCAAAUCGUUGCCAGACACCCAAAGGAAUUUUGCUGAUCACCAAGAUAUCCUGAUGACUUCAACCGGCUCAAAACUUCCGGACACAGAGAUAAAUAUAUUCCAAAGCAUACAAAACAACGAGAGCUUGCGUGCUGAUCUGGACCAAUUUCUGCCAGACACUCCAACACAGAUCCUUGAUCGUGGAGAUGCUCUGGGAACUACCGCAGCCGGAUCGGAUUCUCAAUUUUCAGAUACGCAAAUAAAUCAAUUCUCGAACAAAGGUACAGAUGAACUAGUCGAUGACGACCCAGAACAUCAAUUACUAGACACACAAUCUAACACAGCGCAAUGGAUGUCUCCCCUUCUCUCUUCAAAAAUUCCACCCCCUCCAAGCCAGGACUUUCUAGUACCCGAUACUCUACCAAACAACGGUAGUUUUGAAGCAAGAUAUCCAACUCCCAACACAUCGAUUCGACUUACUCAAAGUCAUAAAAACCUUACAGACACCCAAGUCUCGUCGGCAGAUGAUCCAGAAGUUCCAAACUUAGCGGACAUACCGUUCUUAAGGACCGGUGUAGAUCUCAAAACGUCACAAUCAUCUAUACCAAAAGCACCCUUCAACAAAAUAACUUGCCGAGAGCGAAAGAGAAUCAUCGUCUCCUCCAACCGCCCUCCCGCUUUGACCAAAGCCAUGUGUCAAUGGGUCGACAAUACCAACUAUCUCCUCGAUCCAUUUCGCGGAGAAGAAGAGUGUUGGUUUCAUCCAUCUCCACCUCCUGCUCACCUCUCCAUGAACGGUGUUCCUCGACCCUGCGGAAAGCUCCAGAAGAGAUUCAACUGGAAUGGUAGACACGACAAGCACUCUCUCGUUCUCAAUUUUGGCAUUGCUUCCAAACUUGCCAACUAUAAAAUGACCAAACAGCAGAAAGACGGCUUUAUUAACAAACAGUGGCACUUGUCUCAUCUUUGUGGAAACUGGACGUGCUUGAAUCCUGCUCACACAACUGUCGAGCCGGGAAAUGUCAACAUCAGCCGGAACAACUGCUUCUCGCAUCGCUCAGGAUGCCUCCAUAACCCACCAUGCAUGAAGGACAAGAAGGUCCCACUGGGAGCGGACGGGAAGCUGGUUGAUCACACUGCCUCGAUUUCAACCAACCUUGGCCCCAUUGAUGUUGGUGAAUGGGACGAUUGGUCCGUGCAGGGCUUCGACGACGGUGAUGACUUCGCCAUGGACAACGAUGAGGAUUCUAAGUUCCCUGCUUAUCUUAACAGUGGUGAUUCCUUUGUCAUCACUGAUGAGGAUGAGGCUGAGUUGUGAGCCUCGGGAAAGUUGCAACAUUUUCAAUUACCAAAAAGCGCACUUACGCCCCUUUCUUUGUUUGGGGAUCAAACUCCUUUAUUCCCCAGGAACAAUCAUUUUUCUUGCACCAUAGCAUAUUCAGGCAAAAUACUUCGAAAUGCAAGCCUGCGAGGCGGAAGGACAUAUGCUGCAUCUCGAUGAACAAAAUCAAUCUCCAAUAAUUUAAAAUAAUCUCCAACGAGGCUCCUUUAAGUACACCUCUGCAAUCAAUCCAUGUCCUUUGAUUAAAUCAAG